AUGACGUCAGCAAGUAGAAGCGGGGGUGAGGCGAAGAGGCUGUGGCACAUCGUGAGGCUGUUGUUCUUGGGCUUCUCCAAGAACAAGCUCAUGGUCGACCUCCACCUCCUCCUCAAGCGUGGAAAGAUCGCCGGAAAGGCCCUUACCCAGCUCCUCAUCCACCACCACCACGAUCACUACCACCACCGCAGCCACCGCCACCAGUACCAUGGCGGCGGCGGUGCCGCCUCCAUGUACUCUGCCCUCACCUGCCGGUCCAUGGACCCUGACCUCGCCUUCUACAACCCCCGGGAGGUCCAGUUCAGCUGCAGCAACACCCCCUCCUACCCCACCUUCCGCCGCCACCGCCGCCGCCACCACCGUUACGACGACGACGAAGACGACGCGGCCUUCGCCAAGGCGCUUGAAACUCUCUACGCCGAGGCGGAUAUCGAAGAAGAAGAAGAAGACUACUCUGCUUCGGCGGCGGAGUCGCCGGCGAUUUGGAAGAGCCCGUCCGCUCCGGUGAGGCAGCUGAGGGUCACCGACUCGCCGUUCCCGCUGAAGGAGGAGGAAGGGGAGGUGGACGGGCGGAUCGAUCAGAAGUCGGAGGAGUUCAUCAAGAAAUUCCACGAGCAGCUGCGCCUCCAGCAGAUGAUUAGCCCGGUACCGGUGGUAGCGCCGGAGUACAUGCAUCACCGCCGACGGCGCGACGUACCGUUAAUGAUGGGACGAGCUUAA